UUCUAAAACCAGUACUCUAAAAACCAGAACCAGAACUCUAAAACCAGUUCUAGCAACAAAUUUUCUUUUUCUAAACAUUUAAAGAAAUAUUCUUUUAUCGAAAACCAAGUAUAGUUAAGAACGAAACCACAAUAACAAAUUAAAAAAUUCCAUACUCCAACAUUCGAUAGUGGUACCUGUGCAGUGUACAUAUCAAAUUCAGAAUGAGUAUAUUUUAUAAUAGAUACACGAUCAAUACUACAUUAAAUCAUAUUCAAAUCUUAUUCGCUCGACUUGCAGUACGUCCUAUCAUAUUACCUCAUAUCUUUACGAUAGAACUAUUUACUGCCUUCAUUUGCUAUUAUUUACUUGAUAGGCCUUAACAUGGAUUCAGUGAAUAAUAAAUCACCACGUCUGCUUGAAUUAAGGAUUAUCUCUUAGCAUAGCAAAUUUCAAUAUAAAUUGCAAUUUAAAUCCACAAAAAAUAACUAUCGCCGACGUCUGGAUAAUAUCAGUUGAAUGAAAAUUUCUGAAAGUUCAUGAAGACUAAAGUUAAAAAACGUGUUUUGGAGAGGUUCUAGUAAAGUAAUUCUUUUCAAAAGCAUAAGUUUUGAUUUUACAAAAUUUUUAUAUAAAAUAUCCAUUUACAUUUUGAUUAAUUUACUUUCAAAUUGUCAGUUUUGUUUACCGAUCACAGUAGUAGAAUUGCAACCGCGAUGUGAAAAUAAUUACUAAAACGCCAUUCAUAGUUUUAUAAAAUAGCAAAAUUCAAAAAUAAAAACAUCCACUUUUUGGUUUAACGAGUUCGAGAAUGAAAAAAUCUUUUUAACAAAAAUAAAAUUUAACACAAGCCAACUAUGCAACCAAAAUACCAUAAAGAACACCAAUGAAUUACCAAUGGAAUUUGUCAACCGAAAUUCAACAAAUAGUAUUAGAUCAACACUUAAAAGUAAUAAAAGCGAAAGCAUCCUUAUGAAAACAGAUACCAAGGAGACACAAGUUCGAGUGAUCUACACAGGCGGUACAAUAGGCAUGAUGCGGAAUAAAAGAAAUGUUUUAGCGCCUAUUCCAAAUGCUCUGGUAAAACAAAUUUGUAAAUAUCCCAAUAUGCACGACCAAGAGUAUGCAGAAAAACGUUUCGGGAUGUCUACAGCCACAACUCCACUUGUACUGCCACAUGCUGACGGUGAGCUACGAAGAGUAAUAUAUCAUAUUACAGAGUACGAUCCAUUAUUAGAUUCCAGCAAUAUGACUAUGCUCGAUUGGGCACGAAUAGCAAAAGAUAUUUAUCAAUCAUAUGAAACGUUUGAUGGGUUUGUAGUAUUACAUGGCACAGAUACCCUUUCCUACACAGCUUCAGCACUUUCAUUCAUGUUGGAAAAUCUUGGAAAGACUGUAAUUAUAACUGGUUCACAAAUUCCUAUAUUCGAAACUCGUACAGAUGGAACAGAUAACUUCAUAUCUGCUUUGAUUAUUGCCGGCAAUUAUGUUUUACCAGAAGUAUGUGUAUUUUUCGGAAAUAAAUUAUUUCGUGGAAAUAGAACAGUUAAAAUAAGUUCAAACGCACUUGAUGCUUUUGAAUCUCCGAACUCGCCACCUCUAGGACGCAUAGGUGUCAGUGUGGACAUUGAUUACAGACUAAUAUUUCGACCAUGUAGUGUAUCAAGAUUCACCGUGCAUUCAGAACUUGACGAAAAUGUUGGAAUUUUACGUAUAUUUCCCAGUAUAUCACGAAGUACGUUUCAAGCAUUUUUAUCUCCUCCAUUAAAAGGAGUUGUAUUACAGUCUUUUGGCUCUGGAAAUAUUCCGUCAAAUCGACAAGAUAUUUUAGAUGCUAUUAAAACUGCUGUCGAUCGUGGAGUGAUUAUAAUCAAUUGCACACAAUGUGCGAACGGUUCUGUUGCAGAAAUUUAUGAUACAGGAAAAAUAUUAUUUGAUUUGGGAGUUUUAUCAGGAUUCGAUAUGACACCAGAAGCUGCAUUGACAAAACUUUCUUAUGUACUUGGAAAAGCGGAAUGGUCCCUUGAAAAAAAAAAACAGAUGAUGCAAUCAAAUCUAAGAGGCGAGCUGACAUCUCCAACUGACCCUAACAUAGAAGAAUUUCAUUUAGUGGAAGCUGUCGCGAAAUCUUUACAAAUAUUUUCAGCAAGAGACCUCGAGCAAUUGGAAGCCACAUUAUUUCCUGCAAUGUUAGCUAAUGCCGUUAUUACGUCCGAUAUACCGAAUUUUUCAUUUAAGUUGAACAAUCUCAAAUCAUAUGGUGCAGAUUUAUCUGGAACAAACCAAGACCAUCGCACUGCUUUGCAUCUAGCCUGUCAUAAUGGUAACGCAGAAAUUGUGAAUUAUUUACUUCUUAAUGGAGUAUCUGUACAUAUAAGAGAUCGGUACGACCGUACUCCUCUACAUGAAGCUAUAACUACAGACAACCAUGAAAUUAUACAAUUGUUGAUCAAUUGUGGAGCACAUUUAACAGGUUCAUCUAGAGGAAUAGGCGAAAAGCUGUGUGCUGCAGCUGCACGGGGUUCAAUGAAACGACUGAAGUCAUAUCAAUUAGCUGGUGCUGACUUAACUCAACCAGAUCCUUCCGGCCGAACUGCAUUACACUUAGCUGCGCUCCAUGGCCAUGAAGAUAUCGUUCGGUUUUUGCUACCUUUUCACGAAAAUCUCGAAGAAACCGACUUACUCGGACUUACUCCAUUGGAUUACGCCACCCGGGCCAAACACUUUACAAUUGUAAACUUAAUGAACGAUUUCAUCAGUAUUACGUAAUCUUGAUACCGAAGUCUAAAUAUAUUGAUUUUUAUUGUUUUCA